CUUGAUCUCCUUCUCUCGAACCCACUGCUUAAAAGUCACAGUUUUUACAACAUGUCCAACAUUAAACAACCCCAUCAACGAAGGACGGAUACGACGGUUUCAUCCUGUUCGCCUUCAUCAACGUUUUGCGCAACCACCUGCAUCGCGACCGCAGUUGAUCCUAGCAACUGCGGAGGCUGUGGCAACAAUUGCUAUACCAAGGCUCAAUUUUCGAACGGGCAAGUAACCUGCACGAGUGGUAGUUGCGUAUCAAUCACUCCAACCCUCUCGUGGAGCACAAGUAGCUCUCCAACAAACUCUCUAACAAUCACAACCACCUUAACGAGCGCCACACUGUACCAACCAAGCUCAGCAACUUCAACGAACUCCCCGACAAACUUACCAACACACCCUCCAGGCCCAGCUGGCUUAACAAAUGGAUCUGUUGCUGGUAUUGGGAUCGCUUGUGCUGUUAUUGGUGCCUUGUUGGCCGGACUAAUUAUCCUCUUUGCUCUCUCUCGUAGAAAGAAUAGACACCCAAUCUACCAGCAGCCGAGUGCUCCACCCAACAAUGGGGGAUAUAUGCCACAAGAGAAGUCCGGCGCUACUACGACGGUGGCAAACGUUGAUCGUCUCUUGCCUCAGCCCACCGAGGAUGAUGCCAUGAUCGCCGGGCUAUCCAAAAUCCGCGACGCCAUCAAGAACCAUGUCCAGAACUAUUACCAUACAGUUCCAGUUGACCAUAAAAUGGUGGAAGAGGCAGGUCUUGUUGAGUUGGCAAGAGUAUUGGCGGUACCAACCUCAAGCAUAUUGGACUUGCUAUUGAAUCCAGCGACGCGAGUACCGAUGCUCAGGCUUUACCUUGGGCAUUUGAUACUUUCCAGAUGCAGUGGACAGCCAGACACAACAUUAUCGUUUCUUCCAAGCGAAGUGUCAGCUCUUGCGGCUUCAGAUGCCGGUGCAAAAGCCAUCACAGCUGCUGAGGUUGCCCUUUUCAGCAAAUGGAAGACCAUUUCAGGAACCCUUCUCCAACAACGAUACAGCCAGCAACCAAACGAAAACGACCCACGUGAAGCCAGUAUUGCGGAUGCUCUUGCUUCUUCUGAGCCCGUCCUGCGUCCUUUCGUCAAUCCAAGCAUCGACACGAAUGUACGCCGCCGCAAUCUAGAAGGAAUCAUGAGACGAGCUGCUCAAUACGCAUUCCUGAUGUUCAGCCAACCCAGCUCAUUUGUCUUUGAUUAUACCAGGACGGGACACCCUGAUAGCCUGGUAGUCUUCCCGGCUUUACUGAUUACGGUCAAUGACGAGGGGGAGAGGCUCUCACCGCCAAGAGUAUUGAGUGAGAAGGAGGUGGUAGCCGGAUUGGGCAGAUAUUGA